AUGGCCUCACCCAAAGAGAACGGAGAAGACGCUCCAUCAGCAUCAACGAGACCAUUUUCCCCACUACUCGUCGAAGACAGAAAGCCGCUCAAGGAGACCACGCAGUUCAAGUUGACAAAGUUCCGGUACCGGCUGUGGGAUAGGAGACAAUGGAAGAAAGAAUUUCUUAGCGCGUGGAAAGAUUUUCGACAGCCUGUCCACUGGUACGCAGUUCUCGCUUGGCUAUUGGCUUUAUCGUGGAUCGGAGGACUUUGCACCGUACUUGCAUUCAUCAGCAACACAGAGUUGUACGGAGACUCGGCAUGCAAGCCGGACGGCAGUUUCGACGUUGAGAAGAACCAGUACAACCUCUGGUCUUCCUCUGGAUUCUUCCAGAUUACCUUGGCAUGGGGCAGGUUUUCAUUUGCGGAUGCCAAAGUCAUUGACGUUGCUUGGGAUGUGAUCUUCGGUCGAGGAGGCCAGGCUCUGCUGACCUGGAUCACAUGGAGAGUAUUUGCCGACUACACUACCACCUCGAUUCAAGUCAAACCUGUGACGUACGACUUCUUUCGCACAAUCUUCCUCCAGGACCAGCCGAACUUUUGGUCAACGUGGAACAUGGUACGAGAUUUUGCUCGUUCACGAGGGUUAAGAUCGAAGGUCAUGAUGAUCAUGAUGGUCUUGGUUACUAUCUUCAUCUUAUGCUUCCCUACCCUGGGUAGUGCAAUGACAGGAUACGUGGCGAACAACGACGCAUAUGUACAGGGCUCCGACGGCAUGUUGAUACCCUUUGGCGGGUUCGAGGUUGUUGGAUAUGUAAUUCACGACGGCUGGAGGAUCGGCAUGGAGGGCAACACUACGCUCACCUUCCCUGGCUGUAAGUAUGUCCAAGAGUAUGGAUUCUAUGGGUUAGAGAACAAGAACACCACUUGGAUGAACAAGACUAUGCCGGCUCCGGCCCUCAACAUAUCGACUUCUGGACUUCCUCCUUACAGAAACUUGUUAUACGGCUGGAACUGGACAGAUCCUCGCACGGGCUUGAAGCCCUUCGAAAAUGAAAAAAACUUAACUUACAUCGCCGGAAACGAGACCUACUCCAAGGAGUACAUGAAGGCGUACGGGAGUUGUCAACCCAUGAGUGAUCACGGAAUCGGCGCUGAUGCCGGGCGGGAGAGUUACCAAUGGGGCUUCUCUUAUCUGCAACUCUACAUCCUCGUGAUUUUGCUCGUGCUGUGGACAUUGAGUCUUGCCUACGUGUGGCUCAAGGCCCGCCUGACGAUGAGGAUGCGGCGGAGGUACGAUGUACCGAGGGGUUACAAGGGCGUGUUGGAGCUGUCGCAUGCCAUUCGCAAGGAGCUACAGGAGACCGAGCCCGACGAGCUCUCUCACGACCAGCUCUCGGAAGAAAUCAAGAAGAGUCUAAAGGGCGGAAGGAUUCAGUUGGAGUUGGCAGUUUCACCCGCGACAUAUGGCUUCUGGCGGGCGAUUUGGAUGUGGCUCAAGGAGGAAAAGGGGUGGAUAGGCGCCGUCUUGUUGAUGAUGGUGACAUCGGUGCCGCUCAUCGUCAUCAACAACUCGUUUGGAUGGUGGCUCUUGGUUCCGAUAAUUGCUUUCCUGCUUGCGCUGAUGGUAGGUCGGUCAAAGAAGAGCAGAAUUGUCAUCGCCCUUGUCAGCUUCACUGUUGGAACGAUCACAUUCUUGGGAGUUUGGUACGGAACUGGACAGCAAAAGUACGCAAGCAUGUACAGCUAUUAUUAUUAUUAACGUGGCAGAGAUACGCUAUCCCAUCGGGUGCGGAAUAGC